CGUGCCACUCACAGAAGAGGGACAGAGACAAGCUGAGUGGGCGGAGGAGAUGGAAGACUUGUUUGAAGAGUUCAACUUUAGCUGUGCUGUUGAGGAAAUUGGAACGACUGCCAGCCGUGAGGUUGUUCGAGUAGACAAUGAGGAGGAGGAAGAGACUCAGGAGCGUAGAUGUGCUCGAGGGCUGCAUGAGUUGAUAUUAGAAGACGAUCGAGGAUGGUUUUGUAUCUACUGUCAGCAUGUGGCGAUUCAACCGAAGGAUGUAAUUCCUCCGUGGCGAUCAAAUCUCGUAAUGCUUCCGGAAAGAAGAAGCAGGAGAAAGGGAAGGGUCUGGAUCUUAGCGCCGUUAAUCUCCCAGAAGCUGAUGCAGCGGAUAUAAGCAGCUGGACUAGCGGCUCAGUGUGGAGCAUCAAGGCUGGUGUGCGGGAAAGUAUGUACGAACACCAGCAAGAAGGAUUUGAGUUCCUCUGGAGGAACUUGGCAGGCAGUACCGAUAUUGCCGAUUUAAAGAGCUCAAAUCUAGCUGGAGUGGGUGGAUGCAUCAUUUCUCAUGCCCCAGGGACAGGAAAGACACGUCUCAUGAUCAUAUUCCUCGAGACAUAUCUAAAGAUGUAUCCAAACUGUCUGCCGAUGAUCAUCGCCCCGGCUGGAUUGCUUCAGAACUGGGAAGGGGAGUUCAGGAAGUGGAAUUCCGGGUUUAAUUUCCACAACCUGAACAAUCUGACAAUUAUCGGUGACGAGAUGGCGGCUGCUGAUCAUCUAUUUCAAGGAACGAGUAUCAGAAGCAGGGACAUGGAGGCAAUCCGGAUGGUCAAAAUAUAUUCAUGGAAGAGAGGGGGAAGCCUUUUGGGGAUUAGCUACAGUCUGUUUGAGAAACUGACGGCACAGAAAAACGUGGAAGCAGAUGCAGGCGAAGAGGGGCAGAGGUCAGGUGUUGAAAAGAACUUCGAAGUUCUGGGGUCGAUACUUCUUGAGAUGCCUCGACUUGUGAUUCUUGAUGAAGGCCAUACUCCUCGCAACCGCCGGAGUAAAAUUUGGACUGCACUGGUUCAGCUCAAGACUGAAAAGCGUGUUAUAUUGUCUGGGACUCUUUUCCAGAACAACUUUAGAGAGCUGUUCAACUCACUGAAGAUCGUAAGGCCUACAGUGGCAGAAGCAGCUAUGCAGGACCCGACAUUCACUGAGAUUCUGCAUUCAGAUAGGAAACGAAGGAGAUCUAGGCCUGUUUUGCUUCCGGAAUCCAUCAACCGUGCAGUGGAGAGGCUUAAAGUCUCAAUGGCGCCGUUUGUGCAUGUGCACAAAGGUUCUAUCCUGCAAAAGAGUCUUCCCGGAUUAAGAGACUGUGUUGUCCUCUUGAAAUCGACUGGAUUGCAAAAGAAUCUGAUCGACUGGUUGGAAGAGGAACGACUAAGGAAAACAAUUAAGAGUUCAGAUUUUGGAUUUUCUUUGGUUUCUGUUCAUCCUUACCUUAUCCAACGAUGCAAGUCGCAAGUGCCAACUGAUGGAAUUGAUAUGCAAGCAGCUGAGGCAUCGAAGCUCAAUCCCAACGAAGGAGUCAAAACAAAAUUCAUCAUCGAGUUUGUCCGCCUCAGUAUGACGCUGAAGGAAAAAGUGCUCAUCUUCAGCCAGUACCUUCCGCCCUUGGACCUGAUUGAAGAGCAUCUGACCGCGACCUUCCAGUGGAAUGCGGGGAAGGAAAUUCUGAGGCUGGAAGGAAAGCUAGAGAAGAAGCAACGCCAGAAUGUCAUCAACGCAUUCAACGAUCCAGAAAAUGAUUCCAAGAUCAUGCUGGCGUCGACGAAGUGCUGCUCUGAGGGCAUUAGUCUGGUUGGGGCUUCCAGGGUGAUUCUGCUGGAUCUCUGGAAUCCUUCUGUCCAGCAGCAGGCGAUCUGUCGAGCUUAUAGGAUUGGGCAAAACAAAUUUGUCCAUACCUACCAUCUUAUGACUGCUGGCACGACUGAGGCGGACAAAUAUUGCCGGCAAGCUGAGAAAGAGUGGCUAUCCGAAUUAGUGUUUUGCUCUUCUUCAAAUGAGAAAGAUAUCUCAAAGCAGCCGAUGUCGGAGAUUGAGGACAAGAUUCUUGAGGCGAUGGUCAAGCACGGAAUGACAAAAGACAUGUUUGAAAAGAUCAUCCACCAGCCAAAAACCACAGACUUGAUCCAAUCCUUAGGCCUCAGAGGUUGAGAAUGCUCCCGAAAGUAUUAAGCUGAAUCGUGAUAAAGUAGGGAAUCCUGAUGGGAACUGACUGCAGGCACCCAAUGGCAUAGUUAUUUCAUGAAAUGAGAGCAGCCAAGACAGCAGCAGUCCCAUCUUGUUUGUGGACACCAAGCCUAAGGAUGAUAUCCCAAUAUCUCAAAAUUAACAUGACAAGGACUCCUCUCCUCAAUAUGUAGAAAGUGAUGCGGCUGAAAGGACAGUGAUCCUUGUGAUAAAGGAGAGAAACUUGCUGGCAACUGCCUGUCAUCUAGAGCUAACUGCAGACACCUGAUGGUCGGUCUGAUUUUCUGUUUUUUAUCCGCAUAGUUAUUUCAUGAAGACUGUGGGCAAGAGCAGCCAAGACAGCACCCAGUCCCGUCUUGUUUGUGGGCACAAAGGCGAAGUAUAUUAACAAAGGACUCCUCUCCUUAAUACGUACUAAGUACAAGAAAGUGAUGCAGCUGAAAAAACAGUGAUCGUUGCGAUAAAGCAGGGAAAGUUGCGAUAAAGCAGGGAAAGUUGCUGGCAACCGAAGGCAUGGUUAUUUCAUAAAGAUGGUGGACGAGAGCAGCCAAGAAAGCAGCAGUCCCGUCUUGUUUGUUGAUACAAAGCCUAAGGAUGAUAUCCCAAUGUUUCAACAUAAAUAAAACAAGGACUACUCUCCUCAAUAUGUAGAAAGUGUUGCGGCUGUAAAGAUCAUUGCCAUAAAGCAGGAAAACUUGCUGUAAAGAUCAUUGCCAUAAAGCAGGAAAACUUGCUGGCAACCGCUUCUCAUUCCGCUAUAAUGAGCUCCACAAUCUCCAUACACCGAAACAAGGAUCUUCUCUUCGGUUUCCUUGAAAAAUGGUGCGAGACUACCAACUCCUUCGUUUUCCCCUGGGGAGAAGCUACUCUGACGCUCGAGGACAUGGCGGUGCGAGGACAUGGCGGUGCUUGGCGGAUACUCUGUGUUGGGGGAGAGGGCGCUGUGCGCUUCCGAAAGGGGUGAAUUAGGGGAAAUCGAGAAGAAACUGUGUAAAGCGCGGUCGGUGAUUUAUAGAUGCAAGUCGAAGAAGCCUAUGGUGGGAUUCAGAGUAGACGAAGAUUUAGAAGGCUUGAUCCGCUGCUUGAGGGCCAGCGAGCUCGUCGGACUCGGCUCCGACCCAACGGCAUAGUUAUUUCAUAAAGAUGGAUGACGAGAGCAGCCAAGACAGCACCAGUCCUGUCUUGUUUGUGCACACAAAGCCUAAGGAUAGCACGCAAAUAAUAAAGUUAUGGGAUGUUGC